CUUUUAAAGCAACAUUAUGGCGACUGCCGCUGAGGUACCCCCAAAUCCAGUUGCAUCGAAGGACGUUGAAUUGGAAGAUGCUCAAAGCGACUUGCGUAAGCAAAAUUCUUUGGAAAAUAGUAAGCAAUAUGUCGAAGCUCCAAUACCGAAAACUAAUCCGUGGAGGAAAGUUAACUCCAAUAAUUCAACAGAGGAACAAGUUAUAAAACCUGAGAAAAAAGUCGAGGAGAAAGGCAAAGUGCCUACUCCUGAGAAGAAGGCAAUAAAUGACACGGAAAAUUGGCCGUCCCUUCUUGACGUUGUCGAAACAAAAGACAAGAAGGAAGCUUCAAACGGCGACAGUACUGAUGAUUCGUCGAAGGAAAACAAAAACGGCGGUUCAGAAGAUAAUUCCGUAAGAAAGAAAUCAAGCUCAAAGCAAAAAUGGAAGCAGCUAGAAAUAGAAUUACCCAAGAAGGAAAGAUAUUCCAGACGUAGUCGAAGUCGAGAGAAUUCGCCAGGCGCCAAUGGCAGAGGCAGAGGCGGAAGAAGAGGUCAGUGGAGUUCAAAUUGGCGAGGUAGAGGAUUCGGUAGGGGGUUAAGAGGAAGAGGCAGUGCAGGAGGACGCGGAAAUUCGAGAUUUAAUCGACCUGCCAGUGCUUCUGAUGUUUAUGAAGCCGCUUCUGCUCCUACGUUUGAAACUACGCCUGAACCAGUCGACAUGGCUGUUGGCAACAAUUUUGUACCUUUGCCAGGACCAGUCUACUAUAACAGUUUCACUGGAGCAAACGAUGAGAAUGUCGUUAUGGAUUUGAUAAAAAACCAAGUGGAAUAUUAUUUGUCUCCCGAGAACCUCCAAGGGGAUAUCUACAUACGCCGUAAAAUGGAACCAGGAACUGGAUGGGUUGAUAUAGGUCUAAUUGCAAGCUUCCAUAGAAUGCGAAGCCUGACGCAGGACUUGGGACAGAUUGCUCGUGCUCUAAAAAUGAGUACAAAAGUAGAAUUGUCAGAAGACGAAGCGAAAAUUCGAACCAUUGAAUCACCUGCUGAGUGGCCUUUGGAAUCGACUGAACCAGAAGUGGCCCCUCAGCUGCCUCCAGCAUCCUCAUUGGGUCUUAACCAGAAUUCUGGGCAGUUGAAUGUGAAUGUUCCAGAGUUUGUACCUGGAAAACCGUUUAUCCGCGAAAAUUCUGCAGAAUUGGAUAAACUAUUGACAACUAAAAAUCCUCAGGAAGCUAGUUUGUCAGUAUCUGCUCCAACCUCUGACUUAGAAUGGCAGGAAGUCAGGAAAAAGAGAAGUGAGCACAAAGAAAAGAAAAAACCAUCGAUUUCUAAAUCGUCCAGAAAGGAGCUCGAAGAAUUAGAUUUUAUGUUUGACGAGGAGAUUGACAUUUCAGCGGCGGCUGGAAGAAAGAACAACUUUAGUGAAUGGUCAGAUGAUGAUUCCGAUGGAGAAAUAGCAGACAUCGACUUAAGCAAAAUUUUAAUUGUCACACAAACACCGCCUGCCUUUCGAAGACACCCUCAGGGAGACCGUACAGGAGAUCACACCAGUCGGGCAAAGAUGACAUCUGAAAUGGCCAAGGUUAUUGAUGAGGGACUAUUUUACUAUGAGCAAGAUCUAUGGGAUAAAUCGGAUUUUACAACUUUUGAACGAUGUAUUCCACCUCAAAACGUUCAAGUUAUCUCUGCAGAAGACUUUGCUGCAUUAAAUCCGCAGAAAUCUGCCGCACCUGCUCAUCAAAAGAUUCCACCUCCCCCGCCUUCAGCUGAAUCUGAAUCUUCUGUCUCAGAGUCAAUGUUGCAAAAAACUCCACGUACUCCUCAUGGUAAAAAAGCACCAAGAUUUUUCCCGGUAAUGAAGGAAACGGCUGUACCUGACCCUGCUUCUCCUCGUAAACGAAAGACAAGGCAUAGCGAAAAUCCACCGCAAGAAGGUUCUUUCGGUUGGGUUAUCGAUGCUGCUGAUCAUCCAUUUGCUUCUAGUUCUGAGGUGCCAGUCCUUGAAGAUGGUUUGACUUCCUAUGGCUCAACUCCGGUUAACGCAAAUUUCCAGCAUCCAUCGCACGAGUUACUGCAGGAAAAUGGAUUUGUUUGGCAUGUCUAUCACAAAUAUCGAGCAAGAUGUCUUAAAGAGCGUAAAAAAUUUGGUAAUGGUCAAUCACAAGAAAUGAAUACCCUUUACCGAUUCUGGUCGUUUUUCCUCCGUCAACAUUUCAAUCGAAAAAUGUAUUCGGAGUUUAAAUGUACAGCUGUGGAGGACGCAAAACACGGAUUUCGUUAUGGUCUAGAAUGUCUUUUCCGCUUUUAUUCUUAUGGCUUGGAGAAGAAGUUCCGACCUGACUUGUUCAAAGAUUUUCAAGAGGAAACUGUUAGGGAUUACGAAAAUGGACAAUUAUAUGGAUUAGAAAAAUUUUGGGCGUUUUUGAAAUAUUCAAGACGAACACCUAAUGUUGAUUCAAAAUUAAAGGAUUGGUUGAAUCGGUACAAGAAUCUAGAAGAUUUUAGAGUUUGCGAAGGGGAGGACGACAAAAGGAAACACCGUCAACGACAUUCAAGUACAAGAUUAAGUCAAUCAAAGGCCGAUUAGUUCUUUCACAUCAUUUCAUAAUAGACUAUAAUCUCAUGAAAAAAACCAAAAAAAAUAUGAAAAUAAUACCGGGCUGGGCAUACCAUGAUUAUUUUCGUCUUCAUUGUUUGGGCCUAUGCACGCAAAAUAUUGUUUUUUAGUUUAUUUGCUACUACCAAAAUAUCAAGAUCGUUGUACAUUAAUAGCUUAUUUGGCAAUAAGCAGGAAAAAAAAACUGCUCAAAAAUUAUACAUAAAAAAAGCGCCUAUAUAUUGUAGAUAAAUAGUUUUGUGCUUGGAUAUUUUUUGCAGUUUAGGUUAUCAUCUAACAAUCCAGGUGUGAACGGUUUCAUUUUUGCAUACUUGAUUUCUCUUUGUCAUUGUUUAUUAACGUAAAGAGUGUUUUUACGGCAACUGUUAUAAAAAUGUGUGUAUGAUUUUCUUAUGGAGUAUAAGAACAUUAUGGCGUACAUCACAAAACAUUGACAAAUUGUUAACGGAAAAAGGAAACUUUCCUGUCACUGUAAUUUUACGAUGUAAGUGUGUGCACUUAUAGCUUCCAUAUAUAUAUAUUUUAUAUUUUUGAAAAAUAUCGUAUAUUUUUGCUCUAAAUCUAAAAGAAUUAUGGUUACCGUAAACUUAAUCUCUGAAUGUUUAUUAAAGCAUAUGUGAUGUUAUUGUAUAAUGAAGGUUUACUGCAAGGGUUUUAUAUGUGUAAUGUAUAUAUCUAUAUAUAUUCGAAAAAAUGUGUUGGUAUGUGGUUUAGUUUCGAUAAUAUCUCUUUGAUUUAUGAAAUGUAUACGUAAUACAUUUUUUGUGUAAAUGAAAUUUUCUGAAUAUUUUAAAUAUUACCUCCCUAUUUAGUAAGGAACUUGGAAUAAUGGCUAGAAAGUUUCUAAAUAUUUAUGGCCUUGUCUUAGAUAGGGAAUACAUAGAAAAUUGAUGCAUAAAGAGUUUGUACCUUGGUCGAAAUUUUCCAAUUAUUCAUAGAUAUUUGUUCUAGUAUUACUUUAUUAUUUUCGUACAGAAGAAAAUUGUAUAAUAUUUUUCUGUUCAGAUUUGAAAAAACAGUUAAUAAAAAUAAAAUAUUUAUAUAAAUUUAUCUUUGUCCAAACUGUCAUUUACGCCUGAGAAUCCCAACAAUUGUUAUAAAACAGAUGAG